AUGGAUGAAUUCCAUCUUGCCCAACAAUAUGGUGCAAAAACUGGAGAUAGGGCUGAAGGAAGGCAUACUUAUCAAAAUUCACUUUUAGGCCCACAGCCUUUAACUUUUCAAAAACAGCGGCGAUGUAAACCAGGUGGUAUGACUGAAGACUUUGAGAAGAUUGUCUAUCUGAGGGAGAGAAAACACAUCUUUUUUCGUUACCGUAUUUACCUGCCUGUAAUCGAUGUAUAUGCACAGUUUACUGCCCUUUUUUGGCACAACUAUGACUGGGAAAGCCUACAGACUUUUUGA